AGACCGGCGACUAGAAACAGACUCCCAGGACACUGAAUGGAGAGACUGGAUCCCUAAAGCAACAGGCAGAGGAAAACAGCUGGACCACUUGGGUUGCCUCAAAGACCUGCAGAGGAGCCAUGGGGGUGUUGAUGUCGAAGCGGCAGACAGUGGAGCAGGUGCAGAAGGUGAGCCUGGCUGUGUCAGCCUUCAAGGAUGGGCUACGGGACAGACCUUCCAUCAGACGUGGGGGUGAGCCGCCAGGGUCCCGCCGCGGCACUGUGGAGGGCUCUGUUCAGGAAGUACAGGAGGAGAAGGAAGCAGAGGCAAGUGCCCCCGUGGUCCAGGAAGAGAGCAGUAUCAACCGUGCAGCCUGGGAGCGGCUCCGAGAUGGGCGUGGAGUUGAGCCUGAGGAGUUUGACAGGACCAGUCGAUUCACACCCCCUGCCUUCAUCCGCCCCACCCGGAAGCUGGAUGAUGACAAACCUCCAGAUAUCGGCUUGGAACCCCGGGAGCCUGUUGUCAACGAUGAGAUGUGUGAUAUCUGUGAAGUCUGGACCGCUGAGAGCCUCUUCCCAUGUAGAGUCUGCACCAGGGUUUUCCACGAUGGUUGCCUGCGCCGCAUGGGCUACCUCCAAGGGGACAGUGCAGUGGAGGUGACCGAGAUGGCCCAUACAGAGACAGGCUGGAGCUGCUACUACUGUGACAACCUUAACUUGCUGCUUACUGAGGAGGAGAUGUACAGCCUUACAGAGACCUUUCAGCGCUGUAAAGUCAUCCCUGAUUGCUCCCUGACACUGGAGGACUUCGUGCGCUACCGCCACCAAGCAGCAAAGCGAGGAGACAGCAACAGGGCCCUGACUGAUGAGCAAGAGGAGCAGGCAGCCCGCCAGUUUGCAGCCUUGGACCCUGAGCAUCGGGGUCACGUAGAGUGGUCCGACUUCUUGUCCCACGAGUCCCUCCUGCUGCUGCAGCAGCUGCGUCCCCAGAACUCUCUGUUGAGGCUUCUUACUGUCAAGGAGAGGGAACGAGCCAGAGCCACCUUCCUGGCACGAGGCAGAGGGAGCACCAUCAGCGAGGCAGAGUGCCACCAUGCCCGGCACUCUUGGUUCUGCAAACGCCUUGUAGAGGCUCCUUCUUGCAGUGUCAGCAUCAGCCAUGUGGGUCCUAUAGCAGACAGCAGCAGCCCAGCUGCCAGCAGUAGCAAGAGUCCGGAGAAGGCCCUGCUGCCCACAGAGCAGGAGUCCAGAUAUGUGGAUUGGCCCACCUUCCUAAGAGAGAAUGUCGUCUACAUCUUGGCUGCUCGUCCUAACAGUGGAGCGAUCCACCUGAAGCCCCCAGGAUAGGUGGGAGAGAGAAACUCAGUUCCAGGACGGUGGCAACCUCUCUUUCCUUUCUUUUUCCUUUACCAACCUCUGGCACUGAGACUCAUGGGAAUGGGACACUGCCAACAUCUUAAGUUGUCAUUAAGCUUUAUGGCACUGAAGCCACCGUUCCCCUCACAACAGAGACGGCAGUAUGUGUAUUGCCACACUGAGAAGCCCUGAGAGCUGUGGCAUUAGCUGCUAUGGACCACCUCCUGCCCUCACAUCAUAGAACUACCUGCCACCUCAUGCAUACAAAUGUGCACAUGCACAUACAGCCACACACAUGCCUAGAUAUCCAUGCCUUCAAACUCCUGGUUCUUUCUUCAGUGAAAAAGGACCAAAAUCCCUUUGUUGAACCCCCCUGCUUUAGAUAAGAGGGUCUCUUCUCACUCUUUUUAUUGGCCAGUUCUGAUUCCCAGGAGAAAGAAAAAGAGAUUAAAUUCACUUUCCCUCCAGGAGAUGCUGAGCGGCCCCCUGCCCACAUGGAA